AAAUGAUUCAAAAAUGUUUGCUAAACCAUAACCAUGACGUGAAUCAGGUGAAUGCAAAACAUGUAGGACGAUUUUAAGAUCCGCUUCAGAAUAUUUUUCGAGCCAAAUACACAUGGCUCAAGGUUAAGGAUAUACAUGAUUAUCAAGGCAAAGACAACGAAUUAACAAAGGAUAGGGAUUUAAUACAGGAUAUCUAGUACUUUCUGUGUUGUUUUGAUGGUUCUAAAAUAUUAAGAAUGAUUAAUGAAUGGGCAUUACUAUUGACGAUAGUCUGUGUCAUACAGGCGUUAUUGGCAGAACCAGCGACUAAUUUUGCCAUAGAUGACGAUGACGCCUGCGUGGGUACGAUAUGUGGCCCGGGGCGAGAAUGCUUCCUAAUGGAGGAUGGGCAGCCAUCGUGUAGAUGCCGGGGGACAUGUCCGAGUCAUUUGAACACAGUUUGUGGGAGUGACGGAGAGUCUUACGACAACCACUGUGAGCUCCACAAAGCAGCUUGCGCCACUGGUACACACAUACAUGUAAAGCACGAUGGCUUGUGCAAAAAAAAAGAAACAGUGACUGAAGUACUGAAAACCCCACUCGCUUGUUUCCAAAUGGAGCGAGAUCAGCUGAGAUUCCUAAUGGUACAAUGGCUGAAACGACGUGCUAUGACAGAACAGGGUGAAAAGGACUACAUAAAAGUUGUGGAAGAGCAAUUCCAUAUUUGUGAUGUGUCCAAAAAUAAAGCCAUUGACGCAGUGGAGUUUCUUGAAUGUAUAGAUUAUGACGAAAAUGAAGCAAGCAAAUAUUCAACAAGCAUGUCCCAAGAAUCUGGCUCUCGACUUGGCAUAGACAGAAUACUCAAGGGUCUGUGUGUGGACUCACUUAUUGGAAUGGUGGAUGAGAACGAAGACUGGCUUUUGGACUGGGACGAGUUCCAGAAGGGAAUGGAACCUCAUUACAAACCAGUUCAGAAAAAUUGCUCAUUAGAGGAAGAUGUGUUUCAAGACGGAUCGGAGGCGAAACUUGGCUGUAACAUAUGUGUGUGUGCGUGUGGGAGCUGGGUAUGUACCAACGCUGAGAAUUGCCCUGAGCUGGAUGAUCCACAUAUUUUACAAGCGUAUGAGGUAAGCAGAGGUGGCUUACCAUCCAAUGAAGAACGGUUGUCUCUUCUUAAAGGAUUCAAGUUCAUGAAGGAGUUAGAUUCAAAUGAUAGCGCUGAUAUUGAUCUUGAUAACCUACCAGAUGACUUCGACUGGAGUAAAUUGGGCUUACAAAAUGAUGCAAAAGCAGAAGAAGGAGAUAAAUCUACUGCUCCAGAAAAUACAAACACAGAUAACAUCGACACAGAUGAUGAAAAUGACAUUACUAAACCUGUUGAUUUCGAAGAGGGAAAUGUCCCAAUGGGCACAAGUGAAGUUGAAGCUACUGAUCGAUUAAAAGACCAUACAAGAGAAAAUGAAAACUAAUCCAAAUAUUUUAAAAAAUCAAGUUUCUCUGCCAAGUUGGACUUUGGUGCAAAUUUGACAGAGACAUAUAGUUGUACAACCUAGAAUGAGGAUAUAUUAAGAAAUUCUGCUAUUCAAAUUAUACAUUUAUUACUAAUUUAUUAUCCUCACAACAGGAGAUUAAUUGUAAUUGUAAUUAUCUGCAUAAUGUUUACAUUUAAAACAUAUAAAAAAUAUAAUAACGAUUUUAUACUAAUAUUAUGAUGUUCUCUCGAAUGAAAUGGGGUUGAAUGCAUCAAGACUAUGCAAUCCAUUCGAGAUUCGAUCAAGUCACAAUUGAUACCUGACGGUACUCAACCGCC